AUGUCAGUUCUUCGCGCGACACAAUUCGUUACUAAUCAUGACGUCGGUCCAUCAACUCGCUCCUCGACUACGACCAGGCCUCGGAAAGUCGUACAGCUUCGGGAUCUCCUAGUAGUCUAUCCAAUUAGUUGUUUCGCUUUCCUACGUGGUGGGGAUUGGGGUGAUGACUUGCGUCAUUGGAACAACCUGAAGUCGAAUUGCAAUGAGAUUUGUGAAUUUAACUCCGCACACGAAUAUCUUCCUCCUGUGAAGGACGUUAAGGCGUGCCACAAAUGCAGGUACGGCGUCUGCAAUCACUGUGUGGGGCCAGUAGGACACCUUGGGAGCCCUCGCCGUCAGAUAUGUCCUAGCUGCGUUGAGAAACGCUUGGCUUCCCAUAUCAGAUAUAUGAACAAACCAGAACUCCCAAAUUGCUCUUGCGCAGGCGCCGAGCCAUGGCUGUGUCAAAUGUGUUGGAAAGGGAACUACUUUUCCACCUUUCAAGAAUCUGCGGGUACAUGCUGCGAUUGCGAUUGCAAGUUCGUUGUUGGGUCUAAAACAUAUUUCGUCUGCAAAUGGUGUAGAGGGAAGAUGUUGUAA